AUGCGGGUGCUCCUCUCGAAACUUCCGAGACCAUGGAUAGUUGACGAGAAAAAGGACGAUGGUUACACGGCCCUUCAUCUGGCUGCUCUGAACAAUCACGUCGAAGUUGCUGAACAGCUGGCACGUGCUGGAAAAGCUGACCUGGAUUUGCAAAACGUCAAUUUGCAGACCGCGUUGCAUCUCGCUGUCGAGCGACAGCACACGCAGAUCGUUCGUCUGCUGGUACGCGAGGGCGCCAACUUGAACGUGGCGGACAAGGAUGGCGACACGCCUCUUCACGAAGCCUUGAGAUAUCACACUUUGUCGCAGCUGCGACAGCUGCAGGAUGUCCAGGACGUAGGACGGCUCCUGAUGGGACUGGGCGCGCAAGGGCAGGACAAGAAGAGCAGCUCUUUCAUUGCCUGCUUCCUGGCUGCCCACGGGGCCGACCUGGAACUGAAGAACAAGAAGGGACAGACCCCGCUCGACCUUUGCCCGGAUCCGAAUCUCUGCAAAACGCUAACUACUUGCCACAAGGACAGAGAAUCGCAUGAUAUUGAAACGGCAGCCCCAUCAGCAACGAUCGACGAGUGUUUGGUCUGCUCCGAUGGAAAACGCGAAAUGCUUUUCAGCCCUUGCGGACAUGUAGCUUGCUGUAAUGCUUGUGCACCAAGAGUGAAGAAAUGUCUGAUCUGCAGAGAAAAUGUUCUUUCAAGAACGAAGAUCGAGGAAUGCGUGGUUUGUUCCGAUCGAAAAGCUAGCGUAUUAUUUCGACCAUGUGGACAUAUGUGCGCUUGUGAAAGUUGUGCAACUCUCAUGAAGAAAUGCGUUCAGUGCAGAGCUCAAAUUCAACAUAUGGUACCACUGUCGAUCUGCUGUGGUGGAGGAGGUAAUGUCACUUAUGUUAAGAGUUCCAAUGCUCCAGGUGCAACAAUAACAGAGGUAAAGUGUGAUCAAGAAGAAGAACUAUUGCAACAAAAUAUUGGAGGUGGUGAAGCUCUUUUGAUGAACAAUGGUAGCCGCGAUACAUCUCACAGCGAUAUACAGAAACUUCAGCAACAACUUCAAGAUAUUAAAGAACAGACCAUGUGUCCAGUUUGUCUAGAUCGUUUGAAGAAUAUGAUAUUUUUAUGCGGCCACGGCACCUGUCAAAUGUGCGGAGACCGAAUGUCAGAGUGUCCAAUAUGCCGGAAGGCAGUAGACAAGCGAAUUUUGCUCUAUUAG